AAAAAAUAAUGGGUAUGAACUAUGACUGAGUAUGACUUUAUAAUAGGAUAUAUAAACAAUAAUAGUAUUAGACUAUAUCUAAAUCUACUUUCCUUUUCUUUUUUCAGACUUGAAGAGAGCAGGGAUAGCUAGCACAGGAACAUGGCUUCUCCUAUUCCGAAGAAAAGAGAAAGGAAAGCCAACUUUUCUACAGAAGAACAGUAUGCGAUGGUGACAUUCGUCAGCCAAAAUACACAGGCCCUGUUCGGAAAGGCAGGAUUUUGUGGGAAACGGGUGGAGGAACGGAAGCAGAAGGCAUGGGAGCAGUGCGAGGCCUUGUUGAGAGCCGCUGGUGGAUGCCAGCGUGAAUGGAAGGACGUCCGUAAAAAAUGGCAGGAGCUGAAGACCAGGGCCCUGGCAUGCAGGUCGAAGUCCAAAAUGACAGGAGGAGGACCAGCACCUCAUAUGACGGUCGUUUUUGAAAGGGUGUUGGAGGUGCUGGCCCCCCAGUGCAAAGAUGGGAUCUGUGGGUCCGAGGAUGAGGCCGGCGUAGAUGACAGCCAGGAAUUUCCAGAAAUUGACCCCGAAAUAGACAUAGAUCUCCUGGCAGGAGCCAUCCAGGAUGCUGAUGAUGAGGCAGGUUCCAGUGAUAGAGUGAUGAGGGCUGGACCAAGUGUUUUUAUUCCUCCAUCAACCCCUCUACCAUCAAUCACUCUACCACAGGAACCACAGGAACCUCAUCAGCAUCCUGGACCUGGUUAA